AGUGAUUAGUGUUUGGUGGUCGGACGGAGACUGGGGAGGGGGGAAGGCCACUUCUCCUCCUGUCCUGCUUGCUUACCUGAGCUUGAGAGCCUUUGACCCCCAACAACCUCACCUCCCCGUGCGCUACUGAGAGUAAACAACCUCGGCAAGGAGGAGGAGGGAGAUCUGAGUACUCAGUUGCUGAUGAUGGAGAGCCAGCCCCUGCAGGACCCGACGGCCGAGGCCCACGGUGCCGCCGCCGCCGACCAAGCCGGAGCCGCCGCUCCCCCCGCCGUGGUUCCAGGGAAGGAGUUCACACGGACCUGCAAGGGCCUCGUCGUCGUGCUCAUCGGCGGUUAUGUGCUGCUCCAGCUCGUCCCUUCGUCCCUCAACUACCUCGCCAUCGUCCCCGCCAAGACAAUUCCGUUUGUAUGGACGGUCUUCACGGCUGGUUACAUUGAGCAAGUUCUUCCAGGGGCUAUCGGCAGUUCUCUUGGGCUUCUCUUCUGUGGGAAGGAUAUUGAACCAGUAUGGGGCCGUAAGGAGUUCCUGAAGUUCAUUAUUUUGGUCAACUCCAUCUGUGGCAUCCUUGCAUUCUGCAUUGCUGUUGCACUGUACUAUGUCACUGGAAAAGAGAGCUUCCUUGUGACGCCGCUAUCUGGCUUCCAUGGUGCCCUUGCUGGCUUUCUUGUAGGCCUGAAGCAACUCCUACCAAACCUUGAGCUCCCCAUGUGCUUUUUCUGGAAAAUAAAGGCUAAGUGGAUGCCAUUCUUUGUCAUGUGUUUCUCAACUAUCAUGGCCUUCAUUGUGCCGGAUUCCAUCAACUUCUUGCCAACUUUGUUGUCUGGGAUGUACGUCAGCUGGAUUUACUUGAGGUACUUCCAGAGGAACCCACUAACAGGACUCAAGGGUGAUCCAAGUGAUGACUUCUCCUUCCCCAGCUUGUUCCCAGAUGCCAUGCGUCCAGUUACAGACCCAGUUGCUAAUCUGUUCGACCGGAUGCUGUGCACAAGGUCCAAGCCAUCGGAAUUGGCCCUCCCAGUUUCCGAUCCUACAAAAGCAUCAAGAAGAAGGGAGCGUGGUGAGAGGGUUCUUGAGGAAAGGCUGGCUGCCGAACACACGUCUGACACAGAAGCCCCAGCUCACACCGCAGAAGAUUAAGAUCUUUUUGUCCUCCCCACACCAUCAUAGUAGCCACGGUCGCAUGUUGCCUCCAUGGUUUGUAACUCUCCAGGCUUGUAUUCUGGAGAGCGCAUUCAUUUACAGUCGACUGAUGAUAUGAUAUAUUUCACUCCCUUUUUUGCUUCUUUGUUUGUGAGUGUUGAUUGGUUAAAUUGUGCUCUAGUUCCUGAUUACAGUGGAGAAAGAAAAGAAGGGUGGCAUACCCAGUCCCAGAUGUAAUGUAGAAAGAAUGACUUGUCAUGAUCAGUUUUAACUUGUUAAGUUUUUUUUUUUCCAGUUGAA